UGUACAGGAGGCGGGGUCAACAGCUACUCUAGCCAGCCCUAGCAAAGUGCGCGGCGCUGCAGGUGUGGCCGCUAUGGCCUGCGGCUGCGGGCGCUGCACAGUUUUCCUGCUUGGGGCGCUGGCCCUGGACGCGGCCGGGCUGGCGUUGGUGCUGGUGGGGUCGGUGGCGCAGCCGGCCCGGGCUGGGCGGCCGUACGGGGACUGCCUGGUGCUGUCCGGCGCGCUGCUGCUCUUCCUCUCGCUGCUCUGCUGGCUGCUGUGGUACGCGGGGAACCUACGCGGGGUGCCGGCCUCCGAGCUGCCCCCCGGGGCCCGCAGCCCCGCGCCCGCGCCGCGCUCCAGCCUGCUCCGCCUGGCCAGUAAACUCUCGGAGCGUCUGUCCCAGCACCGCCCGCCGCUGCCCGGCCCUUCCCCGCCGGCCCCCGGGCCGCUGGAGCUUCGCCACCUGUGCGCCAUGGAGAGCCCGGGGGCGCACGGGGACCGGCUGGUGUGAGAGUCCGCGCGCGGCGCCCGGACUGGAGAGGCAGGUAACCACCGCUAGUGCCCUCCGCUUGCCGCGCCCAGGGCAGGGUGAGGCCCCGGGUGAGGGACCGGGGCGCGGAGCUGGUGUCCGGUGCAGGAGCCCCGGGAGGCAGGACUAGGUCCGCUGGCUCUGCACGGGGUGCAGCCUCUCUCCAGCGCAGGAGCGGUGCACAGGGCAGGGCGAGCCUGGAGCGCAGGCCUGGGGCGCCGGCUGGAGCCGCUAGGGGGUGAUGGCCGAUGGCGGCUGGCUGCACAAACCACAGGGGCAGGACUCCAACCCAGGUGUCUUCCGUGCCCCGGCUCAGCCCUCUGGAUGGACCCUGCUGCCCCUGAGGGUGAGCUUGCUGCGGAGAGAGCCGCAAAGGAGCCCCUAAGAAUACCUGGAAAUAUUGUCCUCGUGCAUACUCACCACUUGGAAUCCUGAGCUGGAAGAAUCCUGGCUGGAGUCAUCAAGCUGCAUCCGGUGGAGGGCGCUCAUUUUGCUAAGACUGUUCUGCCAAAGUGUUAUACUUCGCAGCCUUUUAAAAUGCAAGUCUGCCCAAAUGUGAUCGCUGACCUAGGACAUGUGCUCUCACAAUGGGGAUCUCUCGAGACUGGUCAAUGACUUCAGUAUUGCAUCUUCAUUAAGAAUUUUCACAAGCUGAGCCUUAAGUAAAGUGUAUUUAUAUUUUGUAUGCCAAUAUUUUUUUAUUGCCCCAGUAUGUAUGGCACCCUCUGUGUUCAAUAUUUGCCUCUUGUAUGAUGCAUGAGACCCAUGUUGAGACUUGCUCCUUUGAAGUAAUAUUCACCAAUUCUUUUUUUAUGCUGUCUUCCUAAUGUUUACAGGUAUUGGAGUUUAAUUUUAUGUGCAGCUUUGCCCAUAAGAGAAUGGGGGAACUUGAGUUUUUAAAUAUAUUAAAAUUAUAUUUAUUGAGAACAUGAUGGAUAGUUUGAAAUGUUCCAAAGAGCAUUGUGUGAACUGGGGUCAUGCAAAAUGUUUUUCUAGAUUUCAUCCCUCAUUGAUGGGAAUGAGGGAUGGGUUUUAUGGAAAACAGUGUGUGGUAAUAUAAUUACUGUCAUAAUGUAUAUAGACCGAAUUAACAGUGCGUGGCGAGAAACCUGCAUUCAGGCAGUUAACUUCUGAGUGCAUGACUCUGCCACCUUACCACUCCCUUAAUGGAGAUGGUUUUUAAAUGUAGUUUUAAAACAGAUUUUCCAAGGCUUAGAACUGUCAAAGGAGAGUAGAUUUUUCAGUGGAUUAGCAAAGGCACCUCUCUGCCAAGUUUUAAGUUCCCUGCUCCCCAUCAAGGGAGUGGUAGAGUGUCUCAGCAAAACAACUCCAAGAAUCUCUUGAACACAAGUCAAACAAUGGAUUCUCUUCUCCCCCCAUUCUUUGACAUUUCAGCCAUUUAAAACACUCUGGCAAAGGGGCUGCUGUGGAGAACUCCAGCCUGAAAAGCUGGAGUUUGGCAAAGUUGUUAGCAGAUGACUAGGCUCUUGCAGUGGAAAGUACUAGGUAACCUGAGCCUGGGACAGGGCUGCCUGCUCCUCUAAGGAACAGGUACCCUGGUGAGGCUUGAGUGUCUAUAGUGACCUCUCCAAACCUGUGCACUUCAGAGUAGCUGAGUAAAGACACAUUAAGUGAAAUAACAGAAAAGCAAAUCAGAGAGGGAACUUUUUGUACCACCCGAUCAGUGCUGGGGCUCCCCUGUCCUCUGCUGGCUCUGGCAAGGGGCACUAGAAGUAAUGCUGACGGGCUAGAAGGCAAAGGUGCAAAAACUCCCACUCUUUCUUUACUCUAGCUGUGGGUAGGAGAGGCAGGACAGGGCACACCAGUAUCAGUUCACAGGCCUGAGAACAAUUCCUAGAGCAGAUUCUUUAGGAAAACCUCCAGUCUUGAUUGAAAAAUUGUCAGUAAUGGAGAAUCCACCAAUGGUUAAUUACUUACUGAUAAAAUGUACAUCUUAUUUCUGUUCUGAAUUUGUCCGGCUUGUUUCAGAACAGGGGAUUUAGACCUUUCUCUGCUGGAGUGAAGAGUCCAUUACUACUUUGCCCCUCAUGUGGGUACUUAUAGGCUAAUCAAUUGUUCUUCCUCAAUGCCCAUCCACACCACAAGUAAACUGGGGCUGCCUGUAUCCUACCAGUGAUCUUGGCUCCUUGCUGGCUGCCUCUGCGGUUCUGAGUCCAAUCCAAGCUCCUGAGAUGUGGUUGCAGAGCCUAGUUCUCUCUGAGUUCUUUCAUGCUCCACCCCUGAGAAUGGCAACUGCUGGCAGAGCACAGCUUACCCCCUUAGAACAGCUGGGUGCAGUGCUCUCU